GCUCAGAUGGUUCAGAUUAGUUGCUUGUAACAGUGAAAUUAGUUUUGAAUAAACUGUAACUAUACAGGUUUCUAACAUUGGGUAGUUGCUACUGAGAUAACAUUUUAAAAAGCAGACAGAUGUAAAAUUUUUAGCCGUUUUUGUUUAAACAUUUUAAAGUUUAACAAGUAUUAUAUUUAAAUUAAAAAAAUAGUUUAUUGAAGUAAAUUUCUUUACAUUGUUAAAUUAAAUUUAAAUAAAAAUGAGCUGUAUGGAAGGUGAUAUUGAGGAAAUUAUUAGUAGUUCAUUAAUUAAUUCCGCCACUAGACUCUAUCAAGCAGCGGCACUAACAGGACCUCCUUCAGUUUAUGGGAAACUAAAGAACUGGUUGUUAGAUGAAGAAAUCGCCUCAUCAGAUGACUCGGAGUAUUGUGGAGGUGCAAAAAUUUUAAAAAAGGUGGAAAAUGUACGGAUGCUUGACAGGUAUAACCAGAAGAAGCCUUCACAAGGAAUUCUCUAUGUCACUCCCACCCACUUUAUCUUUACAGAUCAUGUUAACAAGAAGGAAAUAUGGGUGCUCUUCAUGCACAUUGCCAGUGUGGACAAGCUGCCUCUGACGACUACUGGCUCCCCCCUCCACAUCCGUUGUAAGAUGUUCCUCUCAGUCACCUUUGUUAUACCUCGGGAACGUGAUUGUCACGAGAUCUACACUAAACUGCAGCAAUUGUCACAGCCUGUUCAAAUAGAAGACCUGUACUGUUUCUACUACACUUCGCCCGGAGAUGACAUCCCCAAAACCGCCGGCUGGAGCUACUUCGAUCUUCAGUCUGAGUUCCAGCGAAUGGGUGUUCCAAAUGACCAAUGGAACCUGAUGCCUCUAAACAAAUUCUACGAUAUUUGUGAUACGUAUCCACGAGUCCUGUACGUUCCGUCGUCUGCGUCCUCUAACAUUCUGGUCAGCUCCAGUCAGUUUCGCAGCAAAGGUCGACUGCCCGUCCUCACGUACCUCCACACCAACAAGGCAGCUAUAUGUCGAUGCAGUCAGCCUUUGUCAGGAUUCAGUGCCCGCUGUCUUGAGGAUGAACAAAUGUUGGACUGUAUCCGUCAGACCAACCCCAACGCCAAGUACAUGUAUGUUGUGGACACCAGACCAAAGAUAAAUGCCAUGGCUAAUAGAGCAGCCGGUAAAGGUUACGAGAGUGAGAACUUCUACGAGAACAUCAAGUUCCACUUUCUCGGCAUUGAAAACAUCCACGUGAUGAGGAACAGUCUAGCCAAGCUGAUUGAGACGUGUGAGCUCAAGUCACCGACCACCAACAGCUUCAUCAACGGGCUGGAGUCCAGUGGGUGGCUGAGACACAUCAAGAGUAUACUGGACACGUCUCUCUUCAUCGCCAAUGCGAUAGACGCAGGAGUCAGUGUGGUGGUACACUGUUCUGAUGGCUGGGAUCGGACAGCCCAGGUGUGCGCAGUGGCAUCCCUGCUGCUCGACAGUUACUACCGGACCGUGCAGGGUUUCCAGGCAUUGAUAGAGAAGGAGUGGCUGGCGUUCGGCCACAAGUUCACAGAUAGGUGUGGACACAUUGCGGGAGACCCCAAGGAGAUAUCACCGGUGUUCACACAGUUCAUCGACUGCACAUGGCAGCUGUAUACACAGUUCCCGGCUGCGUUCCAGUUCAAUGAGAGGUUUUUGUUGGCGCUGCAUGACCAUGUUACCUCCUGCCAGUACGGCACUUUCAUCGGCAACUGCGAGAAGGACCGCUUAGACUUGAGGUUGCAUGAACGUACAUAUUCCCUCUGGGGUUUCAUGGCUAACCACAUGCAUGAGUACCUGAACCCUCUUUACACUGCAGCUUCCCUGCCAGACAUGAUGCGGCCAAAUCUGGCACCACAAAACAUAAGGUUCUGGAGGGGGAUGUACUGCAGGUUUGAGAAUGGUAUACACCCCAGAGAGAACGUAGAAGAGUUGCUGCUGGUCUGCUGCGACCAUAGUAGUUCAUUGGAGGACCACAUCCGCCUGCUGCAGAAGCGAGUAACAGCCAUCAAACUGAAGCUGGCCAGUGUGGGUGACAAAGUUAAGUCUGAAAUUACCAAAGAAAGUCCACAGACAAUAGACAAUAAACUUCUCUAUGAUAAGGUAGAAGAAAUAGCAAAGAUCUCAAAUAACGGAUUUGAAGAUCCUCUUGGUGCAACCGAGAUGAAGCUUUCCUGUGAUAAAGAGCUGCCUCUUCCAAUGGGGGUUGCUGGAGAUGACCUGCUGAAGGGGGUAUCUGGAGACAGCCUGAGGCUGGAGCUGGAAUCUGUGGCUCUGGACUGGAAGCCACUUCGCAAUGUGGAGGAGUGCCAGUGUUCUACACAUUUUGACCACUUCAUGCCCAAGUACCACUGCUGGAAGUGCGGGGAGUUGUUCUGCCAACGUUGUACAGAGAUGCAUGUGGCGCUACCUGGACACUUGUCACAGCGAGCAGUACCAGUCUGCACCCCCUGCUAUCGGAGAGUCACAAACCCUUCAGAGGCGGCCGAGAGUCCUUAGCUAGUGCGGCGAUGGCGGCCUGUUGUGGCUCGCGUGGCCCCUCCUCCUCCCUCCCCUCGGCGUAUGCGCAGGCGCUUCUCCUUCAGUGUGCGGUCACUCCGCCUCAGACACAUCCUGCACUAGAUAGUUAAUUGUGAUACGUGGGAAAUCCCACCUUAUUGUAAAGAUCGUUUGUUUUAUACUUUUUUAUUCGUUGCUUUUAAUUUUCCCCUAUGUUGUACAGUUUAUUUUCAGACAAGAACAUACAAUAAUUCUGAUUUUUCUACUUGCAGCUACAUUAUGGAAUGUUACCAUUUGAACUUCUAGAAGUAUUUUUACAAAUUUGUAUGAAUGUGUUUGGUGUUCAAAUUAUCUCUUUUUUGCUCACAGAUUUGAAAAUUACCUUUAUUAUUGUAGAUAUACAACUUAUUCAAUAAUAAAAACUAUCCUUCAUGUAAUAAUCCCAUAACAAACUCGUAGUGACUUCCUAACCUUGAUGUGCUUUCCACUACUUUCAAAUUUUGCCAUUAAAUUUUAUUUUGAACAUUCCAUUGCAAUAAUAUCCAUGAAGAACUAACAGGAUGCAUUAAAUGAUAUAUGUCUGUGCUCCUAUCAUUCUAUGUAAAAAAUAACAGUGUUUAAAUUAAAUAAUUUAAGUUUACAAAACUCUGAAUUGACUUGACAACUUUUGUCUUGUAUAAUGUGAUAACGAGUUUCAGUUUGAACGUAUAUUGAACUCUUCUAGUUUUAAGGUUUAUUGCUUGUCUUUAUUUCAGUAAAUAUAUUGGAAUGACAACCACUUCACUAUGUGCUUGCAUCUCAUUUGUUGUCAACUCAAGGUUUUUUUUUUAAAUAAAUGUAACAUAUAAAUAAUACAUAAGCAUUAGUGCUCUUUUUAUAUAAAAAUGUUAUAUUCACCACACUCUCCAUCUUAAUUUAUACAUAGCUUAUUCUAAAAUGCUUUAUUUUAAUAUAAUAUAAAAGAAAUUUUAUUAUUUGGGAAAACACUAAAUAAUCAGCCAUUCCAAGCCAAAUUAUUGAAAGACACACUAACUAAACUAAAUACGUUGUUAAUGUGAUAUAAAUAAUAAGGAAUAUAUUGUAAUCCUAAACUGUAUUAUAUAUUAUGUACUUUAUAACAAGUCAUAUCCAGACUGAUAAGAAGACAAAUCUUAAAUGUUGCAUAAGUAAUAAAACCUUUAAAUCUUGAAUGUUUGUAAAAAAAUUUCCACCAGUAAACAAUUUUAAUAGUAAAUGUUUAUUAUUUUUCAAAUACUACAUAUUAUUUUAAAAUGUAAAACAUCAUUAUUUAAUGAACUGGUCAUUAAACACUAUUUUAAUAACUAUUUUUGACAUUUGUUCUAUGCACAGUAAGUAUAAAACAUAUUCACUAAACAAGUUCUAUUUUCAACUAAUUUCCAAAAAUGCAUUAUUUUGUCACUGCAAAAAUACAAUACAUAACAUAAUAGUUGAAGAUAAUUUUUGAUCAAAUAGAUGGGGCUUGCUGGACUUUAAUAAUGACACCACAAGAUGUGUGUGCCCCCAAUUUUUCUAACUGGCAUACAGUUUUCAUUCUACACAAGGCUCUUUGCAAUUGUAUGGUAAUCAAAAGGUACUUUGCGUCAUAAUUGACGAUCUGCUAUUGUAAUAUUUAUUAUUUUACAUUUCAAAUUUUAUACGUUUCUUCAAGCUUUAAAAUCCCCUUAAAUUUUUAUGAUGUAAACUUUGAAUUGUCUUAAAUGUCAUUGAAUUUUUACAUCUUAUGCAAGUAAAUACUUUGAAUAUUUCCACUUUAUCUUGUUUUGGUUGUGUGCAGACAAAUUAAAAUUAUGUUUAUUGCAAGAUAAAGUUACUUCUUUCUAGAAUUAUGUUGCUGUACGAAUUGAAAAUGGCAAAAUACAUAAAAUUAUAAAAUGAACUUAAUGAUAGUUGUAUGAUAUGUAAUCUGUUAAAAAAUAAAUAUGGAAUUGGGAAAGAGUUGCAGUUAUGAAAAUAUUUACGUUUUAAUCAGCAACACUAUUUUAAAAUGCGUUUGAUCAGAUUGGCAGACAUGAAAAUUAUAAAUCAGUUGUACAUGGGGAGUAAUUUGGAGUUACUCUCAAACUCUGCUUCAGUUAUUUUGAGAGCUAUAAAAUUUGCAGAAGAAUAAUUCCAUUUUGCUUUUUUUGUCGUUGUUUAUUGUAAUUUUGUAAAAUUAUGUGUGCAGUAAUUGUUAUAUUCAUGUGCAAAUAGUUGUAACUUAAAAUCUAAAAAAGACAUUUUGUCCAAUUUAUGAGUUUUUGUUUUUUUUAUAAUCUAAAAAAUCAGUUUGUUAACCCUUUCACUGCCAGACUUAACUUUACAGCAGACCACAUUCAUGGACAUUGUCAGUUCAUUUAGCUUGGGCAUGUGUUCAGAACCCAUUUUUGACUUUUGCUGUGUUUUACAUUACAAUUCAUAACUUUGAUAUUUAUGGUCACAGAAAUAUAAAAAUUAUUAUUUUAAAAAGAAUUUAACAAUAUAAAUAUAUGUUGUACAUAUUUGACAUAAUGUAUGUACUUUUAAGAUUUGUAUAAUUAUUAAUAUGCUUUUUAAUGUAUUCUAAGAGUUUAUAUUGAUAUACAAAACUUAUUUCAAAACCAUGCAAUAAAUAAGUAAUUCCUCACUAAACAGAUUUUCCCUUGGUUAACUUGCUAAUUAAAAAUAUAAUUAAUUAGUCAGCAGCUGAUAUUGGUGCUAGUCACACAGUAUAUUACCUUAACUCUUAUUUACACAAGAGUUUAUGUUGUAAUGCACAAUAGUACUUUGAAGAAAUUAAAAAAUCUCAUGUCGUUAUCAUGAAAAAAUGUAUACAUUUUAUGAUGUAUUAACAAACACAGAAUUUAAUACAAACCCAACUCAAGCACCAACUAAUUAAUAUAAAACUAUCUUUUAAGAAAUAUUUCUCUAUAAAUGUUGUACUUUACUCUGUUGUACCAUACUGUACUUUAUUCUGAACACAAUGCUCAUUUGACAGUCACUGAAAGUUUGAGGUAUAUUAUGAAGAGUUUUUGUGCAAAAGAUUAGGUUUGUUCUUUCAUUCCUUACAGUGUCAAUGCACUUUAGAAAGUCUGAUUUUACACUUGUUGAACGCACACAGCCACUAAAUUUUUUGAAUGGAUUAAAAUAUUUACUAAUCUUAUCAAUUUUGGCUUCUGAAGUAAAACAAUGACAAUGACCACACAUGUUUCCUCAGAUUGAAGAGUAACCAGGAAUCGUACUUAGCUAGAUGGGUGGUGUACAAAAUAAGGAUAGUGCUCUUCUGUUGCCAUUUUCGACCAGAAACUCCAGUUUUUGCAGUAAUGUGAGAAGAGGCAUUGUUGUGGUGCAAAAUUAAACUCUUAAUUCCUGAAGAACUUCUGGCAAGCAUUGUUCAGUGUAUUAACUUGCUGUGACAGUCCUUUUUCUCUCCAGCUUAUUAAUAACCUUCACCCAUACCGUACCGUAGAACACUGUGUACAUUACGUUCAUCACAAAUUUUUGUUUUUGACAAUUGUGGGGGAUGGCUUGUCUUCAAACAUCCAUAUACGACUCUCUCCUUGAGGCAUAACAUGUAUUGUCUCAUCAACGGUGACAAUAUUGGAAAUAAUCUGAUGAUCACCAUAAUUAAUCAAUCAGUUGGAGGGUCUGUUGGUUAAUUCUCACAUGGUGAACUUUUUGCUCAUUGUGAGAUAUCCACACAGAAACAAUUUUCAUCACUUAAAAACGCGGUAAUGCGGUCUUCUCAAAUUUUAGUCGUCGUGAAUUGAAUUAUUGGCUCUUUAAAAAUUCUAGAACAGUAUUCAUCACCAAAGGCAAUUUUAAGAUGUUCAAAACACUCCUGUUGAGACAAACCAAUAAAAUGAUACAAAAUCAAAGCCGGAAAAUGCUCUUUCUAUAAGUCCAUGAGUUCUCAAAAUUGAUCUGUCUGAACAGCUGACUCAGAUACACUAAUGAACCCAAAUUGCUCUCAGGUACUGAUUGGCACUCAGACAGUUGGAUAAGAAUGAUAAGAUUAUUCCACAUUCUGCAAGUAUCUCAAAACUUUCAUGGUGACCUUUGUAAAUAAUUAUUGUUUUUGUAUUUCUAUAUUUUUAAUUGUUUGUUUUACCAACAUCCAACAUUUUGGUAAAUGGCUUUGAAAGCGUUAAUUUAUUUUAGGAAAUAUGUGUAUGUGUAAAUUACUAUUAUAAAAUAAUACAUAUAGUUAGUUAAUUAUUAUUCUAAUUUAAUCUAACCUAACUGUAAAACUAAUAAUAUAGGAACAAAGUCACAUUGAGACUGGAUAAAGUACUGCGGCUACUGUAAAUCAGGUUCAGUAGCAAUAAGAAGUUACCGAAGUUCACAAAAUAAGCUUGAAUUAUUUCUGGAGGCAAAUUAAUGUUAGAUAAUAUAAAAUUAACUAAAUCUUACGCUAUGAAUUCAGGUUUAUGUAAUCAAAUGCACACCAAUAUCAAUAUGCUAGGAAAUUAAAUAAAAGGGUUGAAAUAGGCAUAAUUAUCUGUUACAGAACAAGUUUAAAAUAGUAAACAAUUAUACAUAUACAUUAUACAGUUAUUGUGAAUAACAAAUUGUAUAAAUGAUUUUGAAACAAGUAAUUUUGGUUGAGAUAAAAUACAUUGUUUUAUUGAAAACAAGCUAUUGUUUACUACUGGUUAUCUUGUAUCACCCGUGGUCUAGAUUCAGGAUUGCAGUUGUAAUGCGAACCAGAUCUAGCUAGAUUCAUGACCGUAUUCGGUUUGUAUAGAUUUGGAGUACUAUUUGGCAAAGAGUUGUGAGUUUUAUUGGAAAAUUGUGUUUCAAUACGCUUUCUAAUUUGACUUUUGAGUCAGACAGAUUUGUUGUGCUUACAGUUGGUACAACUUUAAAGAAUAUUAUAUUAAGUAGUUGUAAUUGAUUAUAUCAGUGUUUUUCUUUUGUUACUUGCUUUUUUGUUACACCUAAAAUUACAGCCUAUGGAAGUUACAAAUAUUACUACAAAUUUCGAAACUUCCAUUUUAUUACGUUUUUCUGACUGUCAUGCUAUUUUAUUCUGUUGUAAGGCUAAAGGCUAGUCUGUAAAAUGACAAACGAAAUAGAUUUAUGACUUUGUGAAAUAAGUAUUUAUUCUUUGUAUGUAUACUCCCUUUUUACAUUAUAAAAAUUGUUUCAAAGGUGAAAUAUUUAGUUUUUUUUUGUUUUUACCAAAAUUGUGUGUGAAUGCUACAAAAUCUGUGUCCCAUACAGAAUGGGUAAUAAUUAAUCUUGGUUUGUUGUACUAACACUUAUAUAUUUUUUAUUUACUGAAAUAAAGAUUUCACUAUUAUUUUUUUAAAGUUAAUUUAUAACAGCUAAAUUAAUUCCUAGUUAUGGUUCACACACCAUUGUAAAAAUCAACUUGGCCAAUGGGUUAAUGUUUUAACCCAAUUUUUUGUUGUGUUGUACAUGAAUAAAUGUUGUGGAACUAAUAAAUAAAUAAUGAUCAAAAGCUCAAAAUUUAGUUUAGCAAACAUGAAAUGUUUGUUUGUUCUAUAAAAAUGAAUUAGAGGGGUUUAUUUCUAGCUAUUGCCAUUCCAAUUAAUGUAUUCUUAGCCAAUUCAUUAAAAGCAGCAGUUUUCAUGUCAUUUUAUAGAAAUAUAAUAGUUUUCAUGUCUACUUUGUAUAAAGCAUGUAUGAAUAUGAUCAUUUUAAAAUGUUACAUAAAAUUAAAAAGUAAUUCCACUAUGUAUGUUCAUUACAUUACUAUUAUUUUAAUUAUUCUUUGUUGUAAUUAGUAUGCUGCAAAAUAUAUAAAUUGUUGAACA